AUGUCUGAGGCCGAACAACCUACGAAUACUCCUCGAUCAGUGAUCGCUGAAUCAGCACCAGCAGUAUCUGCCUCAGCAAACCGGCGGGAAAUCCGACUUGCCGAUCCACCUGCCUAUUAUGGCAGUAAUCUACAUGAAUAUAAUAUAUUCAUACGAGCUCUCGAACGUAUAUACAAGUUGAAUCCAACUCAGUAUGAUACCGAUGAGGUCAAGAUCGUUUAUGCUUCGGUUGCUCGAAUUCAAGCCGUUUACAAGGGCCAUACUAGGAGGAGCAACAACAAGCAAGAGUCCUUUUCACAGAAUAGAGAGAAUGACAAUAAGCGUGGAACCAAGCGAUACUCUGAUGGUUCCCCUUCGAAGGCGCAACGAAAUUUAACCUCAGCUGGAAAACUCACCAUAGAAGAACGUCAGCACCAUGGUAGAUUCCGCAUGUAUAUCACUAUCCAACUAGACACCCCUAGUGGUCCUGAGCCGAUUCGAUGCCUAGUCGAUUCUGGAGCAGAUUUCAACUAUAUCUCUCACACUUACGCCACUUCAAAAGGAUGGAAACGGAUUGGACCACCAUCUCAAGUGCAAUAUCCUGACGGACGACGAGGAUACCGAUAUGGCAUCGUUAAUGCUACUCAAAGAGCCACCGAUGGGCUAGGUGAAACUCGAGAGAGCAAACUUAGUUUCCAUUCAGUUAACCUAGCAGAUGAGGAUCUUUAUCUAGGUCUUCCUUGGUUAAGAACAGUUAAUCCUUUGAUCGAUUGGAAAGCACUAUCAUGGCGACAUCGAAUCGGAGAUACUAGGAUUGAAAUAGCAGAACCAGAAGAAUUUAUUCGUUCUAUGCAAGAAACAUCUACAACACCACUCUACUUUUGGGACGGCAACACCGAAUCUUCUUCGGAACGACUAUGUUCUAUUAACGAGACUACCUUACCUCAAAAUCUACAAGAUCUUUUAACUGAAUUUAAGGACAUCUUUUCUGCUGAAGCAGCAGCCAAGUUGGAUGAGAACCCCAUCAUAUCACAUCAUAUUCGAUUACAAGAUGGAAAGGAACCCCCUUACGGACCUCUAUACAAUCUUUCGAUAGCAGAACUAGAUGCCCUACGCAAAUAUCUAGAAGAGAUGCUGUCACGGCAGUGGGUUCGUCCUACAAAGAGCCCUGCUGCUGCACCUAUCGUAUUCGCAAAGAAAAAGGAUGGAACUCUACGCCUUUGCGUAGAUUAUCGAGGCCUUAACAAGAUCACUAUAAAGGAUCGAUAUCCAAUUCCUCGCAUUGAAGAAAUGUUAGAUCGAUUACAGAACGCCAUCAUCUUCUCUAAGAUAGACCUCCGAGAUGCCUACUAUCGCAUACGGAUAGCAGAAGGGGAUGAAUGGAAGACUGCAUUUCGAACCCGAUACGGCAGUUAUGAGUUCCGUGUUAUGCCUAUGGGGCUCUGUAAUGCCCCUGCUACAUUCCAAUCUUAUAUCAAUGAGGUGUUGAAAGGCCUUGUUGAUAUCUGCUGUAUUGUCUAUCUCGAUGACAUCCUUAUCUAUUCCCAAAAUACCGAAGAUCAUACGAAACACCUCCGAUUAAUUUUCGAACGUUUACGGAAAUAUCGACUUUAUGCUAAGGAAAGCAAAUGCACCUUUUUCACCACUGAGGUUGAGUUCCUUGGCUAUAUUGUAUCACCUACCGCAAGAAAAGCUUUUGUAAACCUGAAAGAAACAUUUGCACAAGCUGUUCUACUGGUCCAUUAUGACCCGCGGAAGGAAACCCAAGUCGAAACGGAUGCAAGCAAGGAUGGUAUUGCUGGCAUUCUAUCUCAACGCCUUGAAUCACCACCAGAAACUUACCAGGAAGCUAUGAAAAUAGCAUCUGAACGAAGCCAAAACAUCUGUAAUUCGGUGCCUACUCGAAGAAAAGAGUGGAGGCCCAUCGCAUUUUUCUCACAGAAGCUUUCUGGAGCUUCUAGGAACUAUGACACCCAUGAUUUGGAACUUCUGGCUAUAGUGGCAUCAUUUCGCCACUGGCGGCACUAUCUGCAAGGCAAUCCGUACCCAAUUCAGGUCAUAACCGACCAUGAUAAUCUGAAAUACUUUCUUUGUAACAAAAGCUUGAACAACCGCCAGGCGCAUUGGGGGGAAGAGCUAUCUGCUUAUGAUUUCUAUGUGGUCUAUCGACCAGGACGGCUAAACCCCGCCGAUCCACCUUCAAGACGUCCAGACUAUGUCAUUUCCCCUGGGGAUGAGAGGGACGCCUUUACUGUAGCCCGAAGCCAAGAAGUUGAGAAUAGCGCGGAGCCUGGGAUUCUUAGAGAAGCCUCCGAUACAUCCGGAGAUCCUUCGAUCAUCUGGCGAGUAGAUGAAGAUCGUGGACUUCUACAUCGCAAUCAUGCUAUCUACGUUCCCCCUAGCAAAGCAAUCACCCAGGAGUUGUUGCGAAUUCAUCAUGAUGACCCCUGGGCAGGCCACUUUGGUAUUGCCAGAACCUUAGAGCUUCUACGUCGCAAGUAUUACUGGAAUACGCUCCGAAAAGGCGUCGAAACGUACGUCAGAGAGUGUGAUAUCUGCCAGCAUGUUAAAGCUAAGAGGCAUAAGCCAUACGGGCAACUUGCCAAAAUUCCUGUGCCUACUAGGCCGUUCAGUUCUCUUGCCAUGGAUUUCAUUGUCGGAUUACCCACCAAUACUAUUCUAAGCGAUUACGGUUCGCCUUCGUCUAUCAUAUCUGAUAGAGACAAGUUGUUUACCAGUCACUACUGGUCAACAUUCUGUUAUUAUUUACGAGUUAAGCGCAAUCUGAGUACGGCAUUCCACCCUCAAACCGAUGGGCAAACGGAACGCCAGAACCAAACCUUAGAGAACUACUUACGAGCAUACUCGAACUACCACCAGGAUAACUGGGUGGAUCUGCUUCCGCAGGCACAAUUUGCCUACAAUUCUGUUUCCCAGGCAUCUAUUGGCAUGCCACCGUUCCGAGCACUACUAGGUUACGAUCCUGUUCCACCGAGAGGGGUGAUUGAUAAAGAAUCUGAAUCUGCAACUUCUGUUGAUCUAGAACCCUUAGCUACAGCAAGGGUUGAGAAAUUACAAGAAAUACAGAGCAAGCUUCAAGUUACUGUCCGAAAGUCUUUCGAAAAGCAAGCGGAAUACUAUAACAGAAGGCAUCAGGAUAAAACCUUUGCCAUUGGAGAUCCAGUUCUCCUAUCUUCCCUGAAUAUAGCAACUUCUAGACCAUGCCGCAAGCUUGAAGAUAAAUGGUUUGGACCGUUUACAAUUCUGAACACCAUCGGAUCGCAAGCAUAUCGAUUAGAUCUUCCGAGAACCUUUGGAUCUAUGCACCCUGUCUUCCAUGUUACCCUGUUAGAACCUUAUUACCAGCGACCGGGUGAAGAACCUAAGAAACCUCCUGGUAUCCUACUCGAAGGCAGAACGGAGUAUUUUGUUGAAGCUAUUUUGGAUAAACGAUUGCACCGCAAUAAGGAGCAAUAUCUUGUUAAGUGGGAAGGAUAUCCUAAUACUGAGAACACCUGGGAACCUCCUGAGAAUCUUUUGAACUCCCGCAAUCUUCUCGAAGAAUAUGAGAAGGUAAAUCGAAAUCGACCCCUUGUUAAGAAGAAACGUUCUAGAAUACGACAUUAG